AUGUCUCGUUCAGAAUUUUCAAAAACAAAAACUUCUCGGCAUAAUUCAAAAUCUUUAGUAGCCUCAUCUACCUCAAGUAUACCAAAGACUUCCACAAGUUCUACAAAAUCCUUAAAAACAAUUUAUAGAAGCUCCAUUUCCUCAACUACUAGUCAUAAUUCACGAUCAUCUCAAAUAGAUUACGAAUUGAAUGAUGCACUUCGUUUCUUGGUCGAUGGAUUAUGUGACAUAUUCGUUGAUGCCAGGCAAAGCGGGAUGAAUGAAGCACAAACUGUUGAACUCAUGUUUAAUUAUUUUACUUUACAAGAUCAAGACCCUUCACAAAUUUUCGAUUGGUUACAAAACAAUACGCACAAAAAUAAGUACACAACUCUUUUGGGUUACUUUUACGAUCAAGGUAUAGCAAACGCUAGAAAUCAGCGUAAGGCAUAUUGCCUGUAUCUUUCUGCCGCGAAAAGAGACUACUAUAUAGCUCAGGAUUUGCUGGGAGACUGUUAUUAUUCGGGCCAAG